AUGGAAAACACAAGAACGCUUUGCGAAAAGCUGGAGCAAGCUUUCAUUGAAUACGAAAAUGAUCCGCUGUCUUUGGUCACGGUAAUUGACCUGUAUGGGUCGGAAAUCAAUAAGGAAGGCUCUCUUCAGGACAAGACUAGAUAUCUAGAGACGAUUCUCACAAAUCUGAAAAAGAACCCUCGUACCGUUGAGCAAAUCGGUUGGGAUUUACCGAAGAUAAUCUUAAAUUUUAUUGUUUUGAAGAACAUUGACUUUAACAAGCGCCUUCGCGAAAACACGUUGGUCUCCAUUGCGCUUAAGUGCUUCAACGAGAUUGCUCUUUCCGGAAAUGCCAAGGAAUGCUUUUUAACUGGCUGCGAGCUUCUGAGUGAUCUGAAAUUGAGUGAUCUUGAACCAGACAAUGAUGAGGCCCUUGACGAUGAAACUGAAGAGGAUGAGGAGGCCCUCGAAAGUGAGACAGAUGUCACAGUCUCUGGCGAAUCCUACGAGAAAUCGCAAGCUGAAGGUUCCGAACCUUUGAACGUGGGACCACCUCCCCUCAACCGGGGACCUGACGAAUACGCUUUGGAGUUAAGACUUCACGCUUUGAUUGAAUUAAUCAAUACUACUAUAAAAAGGAUUCACACCUGCUACCCAUCUCGGUUUUUGGCAACUGCUGUUGGGGCGAUUCUCAAUUUCGCAAGACUUAACGCCGCAGGUAUCGACGAUUGCGUUUUUGUCCUUCGCAGAAUUUACACAUUUAGCAGAAGUUAUAUUCCUCCUCAAGUACAAGAGGAAGCCAUAAAAGAAAUGACUACUGAGAAGUACCUCAAAAUUCAACAAGACGAAGAGGCCCUCCAACGCAAACUUUUGCAAUGCUUGAUAACGCAUUCUUUAGGAACAUUGGUUCAAACGAGAAUAAUGCACACAUCUACGGAGUAUUAUUUCAAUUUGAAAAAUGCCGACUCAUCUUUGAUUGAUUAUGAAAUGCGUCGCGCUUUGAGCCAGGUGAUUGGCAGGUACUACCAACUUGCCCAGUCCUUCGAUAUUGACAUCGAAGAAGAAUUCCGCAGUCACUGUAUUAAAGAGUCACGCUCCAUUUAUCAAUCUUUACCUGGGGAUUCAGAAAUCAUCAACGAAAAAGCAAAGGUUGGUAUAACCCAGCUGAUAUAUCAAUUAGCAUACACCUAUGACCUACAAAAGAGAAUCAAUGAGAAGAGCCUGUCCCCAGACCCCCACGGUAUACUUGUCAUGGCCACAUAUCAUUACCAAGAAACAGGUAAAAUUCUUUGCCCUGAUAUAAGAAUUGAUGAUGCGAUCUACAUGUAUCUGAGAUUCUAUACUCCGGAGGUAUACUCUCAGUCAAAGUCGCAUGUCUAUGCUGUUGAAUGCUGCAAUUUCUGGUUAUGGGCUGCUGUAACCACGUCCUCCUGCAAAGAAAACGCGAGAUUAUUGAGUUCGAUGCCCGCUUAUCUAAUUAUGACCUUCUUACAAAUUCUGCUACUGAGGUCCUUCCACGAAACAGUUGAGAUUCCGAGAAUGGUUUCAUUCACCUUACUGACGAGGCUAAUGUGCCUAAUUCCCGAGUCUACAUCCUUUGAUUUUGUUAAAGAUACGUUACUCGGCUGUCCAUAUACUGAGUUUAAAGGUUGUAUUUUAGGUAUCCUAAAAGAUUUGAUGUUGAACACAAGGGGUUCCAUUACAGAAACAGCGGCUAUCCUAUCUGAUUUAUCAAUUUCGAAUGACAAUCAAGGCGCAUCAAAGCCACCACUACCGGCACGGCCUUAUGUUAUGAUAAAUGAGGACAGAAUGGCAAUGAUCCAUAGUUUGGCAAUAAUGAGCUUCGAAGAAUCAGAAAGGUCUCCGGAUAAAAUCAACUUAAGACUGGCCCUGACUUACCUUAACUUUUUUGUAAGCUUGAGGUUGAAAUGGGAUAAGAACCUGCUUGCCGAAAUUCAUAGAGAGGCUUCUCAAAUGAUCAAACAACUCGACGAAAAGACGUCUGUCCCAGAACUAGGCUUCAUUGAAAUUGCCAACAAAAAUCUUUCUUCAUAUGUGUCGCAAUGA